GCAGAGCCUGGGAAGGGAGACACAUGGCUGGAGGCGCUCGCGCCCUUCAGUUUGGACACUCCUCGCGCCUCCAUCCUUCUUCCACAGUGAGCGGCGGCGAAGAAGCGAGGCACCUUCCCCUCGCUUGCAUUCCCCGUCAGCCAGGCAGGCCGAGCAGGGAGAGCCAUGCUGUGCCUCCUCCUCUUCCUUCUCCUCCUCCUCAUGCUGUUUGGGGCAGUGGUGAACCCUCAGUGCUCCUCUUCCUCCUCCUCGGUGGAGUCGCUGGCCCAGCGCGCCUCGGUGGUGGUCGAGGGCAAGGUGCUUGAGGAGGAAGCGACGCGCGCGCCCUUCUCCUUCCUCCUCCUCCUCCUCGCGCAACCCACCGCCUCCUCCUCCUCCAGCUCCUCCUUCUCAGGGACCGUCCUCCCGCCUUCGCCAGCUCCCAGCCCGCAGCUCCCUCUCCUGCCCGCCUCUUCCUCCUCCUCCCCUCCUCCUUCCUCGCCGCCGCCGUUAGUGGCUCGGGUGCGCGUGCUCCAGGUGUGGCCGGCCAAGAGCGGCGGGCUGCGGAAGGACGCGCUGCUGUGGGUGCUGCUGGCCCCGAGGGGCUCCGUCCCCUCCUCCUCCUCCUCUCCCUCCUCUGCCUGCGGGAAUAGCAGCAGCAGCAGCCGCCUCCGCCGAGAGAGCCGCUACAUCUUCUUCAUGGAGCCCUUGGGGAGUAGCAGCACCAGCAGCAACAGCCUCAACGGCACGGGCUCUUCGCUUUCCUCGCCGCCACCGCCGCUGCUCUUCCAGGCGUCUUCCCCGCCCCUGGAGACGGGCAGGAGUCUCAGGAAGGAGGUCAGCAGGGUCCUGUGCACCAGGGAAUGUGGAAGGGCCACUUCUGAAGGGCCAAGUCAACAAAGCCUGGUAUCAACAGAGACGAAUGGCGGUAGCAGCUACAACACUAUUCCUCCUAAAUUGAAGGAGAUGAAAAGCCAGGAAUCUGCUGUGGGUCAGACGCUAGUUCUCAGAUGUGAAGCCCGUUCUGAACACCCCUCUCUCAAAUUCAAAUGGUUAAAGAAUGGAAAGGAAAUAACAAAAAGAAACAGACCACAAAAUAUCAAGAUCAAGAGUCCCAAAAAACAAAAGACAUUCUCAGAACUUCGCAUUACUAGAGCGUCAUUGGCUGAUGCUGGAGAAUAUACAUGUAAAGCAAGCAACAGGUUUGGGAAUGAAAGCACCAAAGCUCGGAUAAGCAUUACAGACACCAAUGAACCCACUAGCUUGAUACCAGUUUUGACAAAAGGAGCAGAUGCAGCUUCACAACUUAAUGACAACAUUCCAGCCUCAACUGAAGGAACAAAUACAUCUUCCUCCACUUCUACAUCUACCACGGGGACAAGUCAUCUCACAAGAUGUGAUGUGAAUAAGAAAGGUUUCUGUGUAAAUGGCGGCGAGUGUUUCAUGGUCAAAGACCUUCCAAAUCCAAGAUAUUUAUGCAGGUGCCCAAAUGAAUUUACUGGUGAUCGCUGUCAAAACUACGUAAUGGCCAGCUUCUACAAGCAUCUUGGGAUUGAAUUUAUGGAAGCUGAGGAACUCUACCAGAAAAGGGUGUUGACCAUAACUGGCAUCUGCAUUGCUCUCCUUGUAGUUGGCAUCAUGUGUGUUGUGGCCUACUGCAAAACCAAGAAACAGCGGAAAAAGUUGCACGAUCGUCUCCGGCAGGGCCUUCGAUCGGAACGUAACCACAGAGUCAACAUGGCAAAUGGGCCUCACCAUCCUCACCCACCCCCAGAAAAUGUACAGCUGGUUAAUCAAUAUGUAUCCAAAAAUGUAAUAUCCAGUGAGCAUGCUGUUGAGAGAGAAACAGAGACAUCAUUUUCUACAAGCCACUACACCUCAACAACCCACCACUCUACAACUGUAACUCAGACACCAAGUCACAGUUGGAGUAACGGCCGGACUGAAAGCAUCAUCUCUGAAAGCCAUUCUGCCCUCAUGAGCUCUUCUGUGGAGAACAGCCGGCAUGCAAGUCCAUCUGGUCCCCGGGGGCGCCUCAACGGCAUAGGAGGGCCCCGAGAAAUCAAUACUUUCCUCAGGCAUGCAAGAGAGACACCCGACUCCUAUCGUGACUCUCCACACAGUGAAAGGUAUGUAUCAGCUAUGACCACACCAGCUCGCAUGUCACCUGUAGAUUACCACACUCCAAGUUCUCCAAAGUCACCUGCUUCAGAAAUGUCUCCACAGGUCUCCAGCUUAACAAUGUCUGUCCCUUCUGUGGCAGUCAGUCCAUUCAUAGAAGAGGAGAGGCCUCUCCUACUGGUGACCCCACCCCGAUUACGGGAGAAAUACGAGCAUCACAUUCAUCUGUUCAACUCCUCUUACCACCACAAUCCUGGCCAUGAAAGCAACAGUCUACCGCCAAGCCCCCUGAGGAUAGUGGAGGAUGAGGAAUAUGAAACCACCCAGGAGUAUGAACCAACACAAGAGCCCCCAAAGAAACUAGUCAAUAGUCGGAGGGCAAAAAGAACAAAAGCCAAUGGCCACAUUUCCAACAGAUUGGAAAUAGACACCGACACAAGCUGUGAGAACAGUAGCUCAGAGAGUGAAAUGGAAGAUGAAAGAAUAGGUGAAGACACGCCUUUUCUGAGCAUACAAAACCCCAUGGCAGCAGACCUAGAAUCAGCUUCUGCAUACCGGUUGGCUGACAGCAGGACUAACCAAACCAGCCGGUUCUCGACACAGGAAGAAUUGCAAGCAAGAUUGUCCAGUGUAAUAGCUAACCAAGACCCCAUCCCUGUAUAAAAAACACUUUAAAACCCACAUAGAUUCACAUGUAAAACUUUAUUUUAUAUAAUGAAGUACUCCACCUUUAAAUUAAAACAAUUUAUUUUAUUUUAGCAGUUCUGCUAUUAGGAUUAAGAAAACCACAGGAAAAAAAACUUUUAUAAAUUAAAUAUAUAAUGUAUAUACAAAAGUGUUAUGUGCCAUAUGUAGCAAUUUUUUUACAGUAUUUCAAAAAUAAGAACAAUAUCAAUGGUGCCUUUAUGUUAUGUUAUGUUGAGAGCAAGUUUUGUAAAAGUUCCAAGUGAUUGCUGUUCCUACAGUAUUUCGCCGAAGUCUCUUAACAUUCUGGGUUAUUUCCUCUUAACUUGUCACCCCGUCCCUGUCCCCUUGUCCCCCGCCAUUCCUGGCUCAUUUCCUUUUUGUGCGUUGCAUUAAUGGCUGUACAGUUUGCAAGAAUUGCAACAGUCCCUGUGUUUGCUUGUUGUACCCUGAUUCAAAAAAGCCCCGUUUUUAUUUGCUUGCCCUAUAUUAAUUGCUCUCUUCUCUGGCGGAACUGAGGGUUGCUUGGGGAGCCUUGAGGAGAUGCUAGAGAUCCAAGAGCAUGCUGUGACUGAAUAGCCACCCUCGGCAUCUUUUUUGAUAGAAAGGCAAGGCAUCCAUUAAAUUUAAUCAAUAAAAUAAAGCAGCAAGACAAUGCAUACAAAAAAGACGUAGUGCUAUAUUAGCUCUUUGACAGAAAUAUUGUGAUUUCACAUUUAAUCAUCCCAAGAAUCUGCUUGAACGUGCUUAAGUACUAUGGUUUUGUCCCUAUCACAGAGAGAGAAGUUAAAAUUGUGUAAUAGCAUCUCUUAAAAGUACAAGUUUAGGAUUGUUGGGCCACAAAAAGUAAUGGGACACAAUCCAUCUGAAAGUUCGUCUUUAGGAUCUGCGUAGGAGCACAACUGGCCUUUUGUUCUGCACCUAUUGAUUUAGCAUGUGGGAAAACAGCAUGUUAUUUUACUAGUAGGAAACCCUCCUACUGGAUUGUGUCCAGGUUAAGAUCAUUGUAGUUCAUAAGUAUUUUAGAACAAGUAUUAGUAACCAGAUAAGAAAGGGAAUAGAUAACGGAGGGAACUGCAAUGUCAUUGAUAUAAUCACAAUAAUUUUGAGGCUACUUUUUAGGUUGAGGCAUAUUUUAUAUUCCGUUUGUGAGGAAAAUAGCAGACUACUCUUUGGCGAGCAAUCUCUCCUAUUGCACUGAUACAGAAUUCAUAUAAGACAGCACCAAGAUUUACUAAAGUAAGAUUUAUGGGGAAAGUUCGGACAUUAAGUGUAUGUCAGGCGAUCAAUUUUUGGUUUUAUUUCAGUAUUUGUAAGACAAGCAUGUUAGGUAUGCCAGGCUCCCGAUCAUGCAUGGGUUUUUGUUAUGUACAUGCAUGCGGCCACUGAUUGAAAGCCUUCCUUGCAAGUGGACCAAACUAGGAUGAGAAAGUAGCAGAUCUGUUUGUUUAAAUUACAGGGAUCCUGAAAUCACAUGUAAGAGUUUGCGAGAAGACCUGUUUUUAGAGCAAAAAUAUGGAUGUGUGCUACAGGUAGAGGCAUGAUAAGCCUCUAUGCAUCCAUGCAUUUUGCCCUAAAACUUCCCACCAUGCUGACUGCAUAAUUGAGACAUUUCCUGAUUUAAAGCAACACAUCUGCCAUCUUCUAAUUUGGUCUUUUACCACCAGCAGCAGAGUCAUUGCAAGUCAACCUCGCUUUUGAAACAUGAAAGCUUAGGUACACUUUCCCUUUAUUACUUAUCCUACCUUCUGUAGAGCGGCCUAGGAACUGGAGGAGACAUAUCCUAUGGAUGCUCGUUUUGUGAAUGAAAAAAUAAAAUAACUGGUUGCAGUGCUAUUGCCAACCCUUGGGAGAAUCUGUUAGGAAAACAAAUCUGUUUUUAGUUCAUGGCUGGUUAUUUGAAGUUGGGUUAACAGUGAUGCAUAUCCAUAUGUGGCUGAGUUCCUCAAAGCUCCCAGAGGGCCUGAUCUGGAGAAUGUAACUUGAACACUGUAGGAUUCAAUCCUAAUCCUAUGAAUCAGGAAAACUUACUCAGUGGGAUUUAAUUCUGCAUAACUGCAUAGGCUGAUGCUAUAAGUGUUGAUGAAGUUACACUACAGGACUACCAAUCCAACUGCUUUCCAAUUAUGCAGUUCACAUGUACACAAGCUUGAAGUUUCCAUUUUAUUGUAUUGACUUCAAGCGCAUGUUUAACUGCAUUGCUAAAUACUGGCUGCUUGUUCACAACCUAAAAAUGGAAUGUUUUCUAAAAGCAUUAGUUUUCUGGCAUCCUCGGAGUCUUCAUUUGCUAGUGAAUAUCUGCUUUCUCAAAGUAAGGAGAUAUUCCUGUGUUGCUUUGUUUCCCAGAAGACCUCCAUGGCCCUGUCUCCUGAGCCUGCUCUAAAUAUCUUAUGUGCCUCUGAAAGCUUCAUAUUGUAGGAACUGUUUGGCUCCCGUAGUGUAAUGACAAGAGGAAGGAGGAGGGACCAUCUUUUCUCUGCAUGAGUUCGGGCAGAGAAGAGUAAGCUCUUGUACAACUUUGCCAGUCUGUGGUGUACAACCUAAGACCUCUCAAAACAUGAAUUUCCCCUUUAUCUCUUUUCAGUUUCUAUAUUUGGUCAGGUACUGAGGUGAAAGGUUUUCAAGCAUUAUCACGUCAAGUGUGUGUACACAAGCAUAUGAUUCAGAGAAGAGAGAUAUAUACUUGUAAAUGAACUAUCUUGGCUCUUAGUAGCUCAGUACCACAAACAUUAGGAAACCAAGUCAACCCUCACAGUAUAAAUUUUUGCUCUUGGUGCAACAAAUAUCACUGUACUAAGCCCAGUGUUAAAAAGACAAAUGGUAAUCUUUUCAGUAAUUUUAUCAAUAUUUUCAUUAUUCUUCCUUGCAUAUACAUUCCUCGUAGAUAUAUUUGUUGGCUUCAUUAUUGUAUGUAGGAGCUCUCAGUGGUACAAUGGGUUAAAGCAGGGGUCCUCAAACUAAGGCCUGAGGGCCAGAUAUGGCCCUCGAAGUUCAUUUACCCGGCCCUCGCUCAGGGUCAACCUAAGUCUGAAAUGACUUGCAAGCACACAACAACAACAACAACAAUCCAAUCUCAUUAGCCAAAAGCAGGCCCACACAUCCCACUGAAAUACUAAUAAGUUUACAUUUGUUAAAAUUGUUCUUCAUUUUAAUUAUUGUAUUGUUUUUAAGUGUUUUUUGCACUACAAAUAAGAUAUGUGCAGUGUGCAUAGGAAUUCAUUCAUGUUUGUUUUUUUUCAAAUUCUAAUCCGGCCCUCCAACAGUUUGAGGGACUGUCACCUGGCCCUCAGUUUAAGAAGUUUGAGGACCCCUGGGUUAAAGCCUUGUGCCAGCAGGACUGAAGACUGACAGGUCGUAGGUUCAAAUCCAGGGAAGAGUGCAGAUGAGCUCCCUCUGUCAGCCCCAGCUCCCUAUGCAGGGACAUAAGAGAAGCAUAACCCGGGCAACAUCAUUGCUGAUGGCCAAUUCUCUCACAUCAGAAGCAACUUGCAGUUUCUCAAGUCGCUCCUGACACAGAAAAAAAAUGAUUGUACAUGAAAAAAGAGAGCUUGAUUACUGUAAAUCACUCUUCUCUCAUAUCACAUUUUAUGUUCAAUGAAUUAUUAUUUUUCUCCACUGUUCCUAAGGGCAUGGUUAGAGAAUACCUCUCCAUACUCCCUAUUUUCUGAUGGAGUGUGGUGGCAUGGUGGGUUAAACCGUUAAGCUGCAGAACUUGCUGAUCAAAAGGUCAGCGAUUAGAAUCUGCAGAUUCGGUGAGCUCCCAUUGUUAGUCCCAGCUUCUGCCAAUUUAGCAGUUCGAAAGCAUGCAAAUGUGAGUAGAUCUAUUGCUACUGCUUUGGAUGGAAGGUAAACAGCAUUCCAUGCAGUCAUGCCAGCCACAUGACCUAGGAGGCAUCUACGGACAACACCGGCUCUUUGACUUAGAAAUAGAGAUGAGCACUACCCUCUAGAGUCGAAUGCAACUAGACUUAAUGUCAAGGGGAAACCUUUACCUACACUACCAGAACAGUUAAAAAAUGGUACCAAUACAAAAGCGAUAAGCUCCAUUCAUCUGCCCCCUUCCAUAUUCAUGUCUAAGUUCAGAAUUUCUCCCGUUUGCUAUGUUGAUUUCUACAUGUUGAGGGUUGUAGGCGCUAAAUUUAACCCAAUCGAGAAGCAAAGGGAUGUUGAGGUCUGAAGUUGGUCAACAUUGCUACUGAUGGUGGAAAAUCUCUCUCUGCUCUGACAAACUCUAGGCAAGGAAAUUACGGUAUUCCAUUUAGCCCUUUUCCAAGGUUGUUGAGUCACUACCAGAAACUGCCUAUUUGAGAAGAUUAAGUACUUAAUAUUAUCUCUAUAUUGUAAUUAUACCUCGGUUACUGAAUCUCUAUUCAAUAUUUAAAGUAUACUUGCAGGUUCUUAAUCGGUAUAGAUAAGAGGAAAUGUUUUUGUUAAAUCCUGGCUGUGACUCGUCUACCUGACAAGGUGUUAAAUGCAAAGAGUGCCAACGUAAAUGGCAAACAUUCGGAGGUAAUACAUUUUGUAAGCUGACAUUCUAUUGAUGUAAAAAGCGCAGUUGUGUCUUAUAGCUAAUUGCAGCAUUUUCAAGGUCAGAUUUAACAUGUGAUAUAUGCUACAGGGAGUUGAACACCACAGUAGAGGAAUUUACUUCCACAACAAUUUAAAAUGUCAGUACAAAUACAUUGAUUUGUGUGCUUAACGUUAUCUUUUGUAUAUUUGCAUUUACAACACUGGCAAGGAUUGACAGAAAUCCCUGGUCAUCACUUAAUUAUUGUUUCUAUCUUAACAAUAUUUCCUUUAAACUUGCUCAAGGCUCUGUCACUGUACUGCUGUGGAAUAAUAUAACGAGUGGAAGUUAUUAAUUGAUUACUAAAUAGUCAAAUUAUUGAGAAAACGGACUAAAGAGGCAGAAAAACAG